AUGGGCGAUAGCAAUGCGGCCAUCGAAUAUCAAACGUUUAAAAUACCAUAUGAGGUCCUCAACAAGCAGUUCCGCGAGGCGCAAAAAUCAAUGGCCCGGCAGCAGGCUCGUAUUAAAGAUGUGACCAAAGUUCUUGAUGAUAAAAUCGAGGGCGGACAGGCGAUUCCAGUUGAUGAGGUAAAACCAGCCUUGGUCGAGCUCAAAAAUCGCAUCGACGCCAUGCAGACGUUAAUGCAUCGCUCUCUUGCCGAGCAACAGGAAACAGUUCACGACAUGCAACAGCGAGCCCAUUAUCUAUCCACCGGCGUCGAUUCUAGUCUAAAUGAGCACGAGCAAUGGACCUGGGAGAAGGAGCGGAUUGACCGGCUUGUCCUUCAACACCUCCUCCGCUCCGGUCAGCUCGAAACGGCAAAAGCUUUGGCUGAAAAAACGGGCCUUUCAAAGAUUUGUGAUCUACGCAUGUUCGAGCAGGCCUAUGUGGUAGAAAAAGCUCUGCGCUCAGGCGACACGGGUCCUUGUCUGGAAUGGAUCCACGAGCAUCGCAGUCGAUUAAGGCGUCUAUCCUCGGAGCUCGAGACUGAGGUUCGAAUUUUGGAUGCGGUCGAAUUGGUGAAAAAUGGGCAACGCGUUGAUGCAUUAAAUUACGCCCGAAAGUUUCUGAAGCAAAGCCUCGAGGAGGGCAGCGACCAUGUGCGCAAACUGUGGGCUGCGAUUGCUUGCGGUGCUGCACACGCUGCCUACAAAGAGCUUGCCGCCGAGGAUAGAUGGGAGCGAGUGGCCCAGCUGUUUCGGCAGGAAAAUGCCAGGAUUUAUCAGUUACCGGAACAAUCGGCUUUCUCCGCGUGUCUUCAAGCUGGCCUUGCCGCUCAUAAAACUCCGGCCUGUGGCGCGAACGCUAAUCCAAACUGUGUAGCCUGCGAUACGACCGUUCACGCAAUCGUCAACGACCUGCCCUAUGCUCAUGCGACAAAUUCAAAACUCAUUUGCGGUCACACCGGCGAGCCGCUGGAUGAGAAGAACGUGCCGAUGAUGCUCGAAACGGGGCAUGUCGUCGGCGAGAGGGCUUUGCGGCAACUUCGCGAUGGCGAUUUUAUAAAAUUCAAAAACGGGACCACCCACAUCAACGACGUCAAGCGACUUUUCAUUUUG